CCUCAGAAAAGAAAAUGGCGGCUCUCGGACGGCUCUCUCAAGCGUUGCUCAAGUCCUCUGUGACCCAGAGUCGGCGUCAGCUUUCUGCUGCUGCUGCCGGACACGGCGAGCAGUCAGCCAAGACAUGGAAGAUCCUCACCUUCUUGGUCGCCCUUCCUGGCGUUGGGGUUUGCAUGUUGAACACGUUCCUGAAGGAGCACAGCCACGACCGUCCGGAGUUCGUUCCUUAUAGUCACCUUCGCAUUCGCAGCAAGCGUUUCCCGUGGGGAGAUGGCAACAAGAGCCUUUUCCACAACGCACAUGUGAACGCCCUUCCUGAUGGCUACGAGGGUCACGAUGAGUAAACCCUCCUUCCAGACCUCACCACUGGCACCGGGACCAGUUCCCCCUCAGCGCCUGUUACUGGACCACACUUCCAUUCUCAGUUUACUCUCUGUUUUUUGUUGCGUUUACCUCUGUGCUCUCAGCAUUGGGCACCCAAACCAACUGUUCAUUUACUCUGGACCACAAAACAAAGCGUCCGCCUAAACUGAAUUCAUCUAAAUAAAGUAACUAUUAUUACCUCA